UUCUGUGCAUAAAUCAAGACUCUUCCUCUUCCCUUAUAAUAGUUGAUUUGUUCAUCGUCAAGUUCGUUAUUACUUUCCCUGAAUCUAUCAUGGCAGAUGUUCAUAAAGGCCAUGAUUCGACUGGUAUCAAGUUAUUUGGUAAGAUGAUCAACGUACAAGAGAUGAGAGAAUUGAAAGAAGAGCCGGUAAACAAAUCAGAAGUGGAUGAUGAUCAAACCCUAGUGAACAAAAGGCCAGACAAGAUCAUACCUUGCCCUAGGUGCAAAAGCAUGGAGACCAAGUUUUGCUACUUCAACAACUACAAUGUUAAUCAGCCAAGACACUUUUGUAAGGGGUGUCAAAGGUACUGGACAGCUGGUGGUGCACUCCGCAACGUGCCGGUGGGAGCUGGACGCCGGAAGGCUAAGCCACCCUGUGGCCAUGGUCUAUUGGGUGACAGUUUCUCAGAUGUAUCAUUUUUGGAUGAUAACACAUCAACCAGUGGUAUCCACUUUGAUGGGGUGGUGGACUGGCAUAUGGCGGCACAUGGCAGUUUUCAACAUCUUUUUCCGGCGAAGAGGCGGAGGAACUCCCCCGGCGACAUUUAAUCGAGAAUAUAUGUAUUAGAAAAGUAAUUAAUUUGUCUGGAUAUCUAGGGCCACUGUUAAUUAAUUAAUAGAUAUUAAGGAAGUAAUAAUUGCCUUAAUUAAAAAUAGUGUGAAUGAGUAUACUUUCCAUGGAUGGAUACAAAACCAAGUCUUAUUUGUACUUUACUUAUAUGGAAAGUCUUUAUCCAA